GGGAUCUCCCGCCACUCAGUUCACUCGCGAGCUUGCGCAAGGAAACAACUCCAGAAUAUCUCUGAAUAUAAACUCAGUGUUGCACCACAAUAUUGGACUCAUUUUAUAUACAUUUUAAAAGAUUAUACUGCCAAGAUGUCUGAAAGCAAGCAGCACCUUGAAGCCGGUCAACAGCUCGUCAAGAAGACCAUGGAUGAGUUGAUUCAACAGAAACAAACAACGGAAAAGGUCACCAUCCAAGCGAGACAAGAAUUCCGUGAGCACUAUGAGGAGAGCUAUGAAGAAGCAUUUGAAGAGGAAACCUUCAUUGACGAGUUUGGUAACGAGACCACGAAGAGAGUGGAGUCAAGCAGUGAGAGCAAAGAGCAUUCAAAGAGCGCAGACGUCAAAGUGAAAGCCACCGGCCUGAACGCAGCCCAAGUAAAGGCCUUAACGGACUGCGCGAACGAGGCGGGACAGCUGGCUCUCGACUCCAAAGCUGCUAACUGAACGUGUCUGCCUUAUCCCGCGCGUUUGGUGGUCUCAAAUAGUGAUAAAGACUGUGUCCAGUGUUCCUUAUUAAGUAUUUUAUUUUAUCUAUUUAUGUAAGAGAAAUUUGAUAAGUAUGCAAUAAAUAUAUUGAAAUGCAUAUAUGGUGUAUUGAAUAGUGCUGUGUUCGAUUUACAUGUGAUAGUGAGGUUUUAUAGGAAAAGGUUUUAAAAAUGGAGGAGGAAGAUGAUGAACGAAAGAGCCGACGGCCUAAUCUCGCAGCUUUCAGCUCGUUGAACGCACGAGUCGUCCAUGCCUCAUUGGAGGAGGGCUACGUGCGACAACAAGCAUCAUCAGAGUCUGGCGAUGCAAAUACUUCAAGUAUUUCGGCAGCUCAGUAUAGUGAUAGAAGUUUUGCAUCGAAAACAAGUACAUUUUCUCGAAGCGGUACUUCGAGUUCGAGCCAAGAAGAAUGCGAGGUAGCACAAACGACAAUUACAAGCGGACAAUAUUUAGUCGCGGCGCGGGUCGAAAGCGCCCGCUCUAUGGAAAGUCUCCGUCCAAGCAAGGAAUCGUCGCCGGCGCGCCCCUCUAGCUCCUGCACAACCGUUCGCACGCAUCGGAGCUCGUUUUUGACGGCUAGCGAACGGGAUGUGCGGGAGACGCGCGGCGCGCCGGCGCGACGAGCACUGUCCGGGGAAGACAUGGGCUCCUCUGCUGAGAAACGCCGCGGGUUGUUCGCGAGCACCGAGCGACGUGCCUUGCAGCAGCUCAGCCUGCCUCCCCCCGAGCGACGCCUAACAAUACUCAGUCCCCACAGCCCCAUGGCUAUCACGGAGCUGCAGUGGCCUUCGCCUUCCGGUAUACGGGGUCGGCGCAAGAAAGGCAUGGUGCUACCCAAACUUAUACUGCCUCGUAGCGACUCGGACGCCUCGGAAGUAUUUUUAGAAAGCUUCGAUGUGGAGAACGGGGGUGGUGCGGGAGGCGCGGGGGGCGCGCGCUCCCCCCUCGAGGGGGGCUCGCCGUCCACCGCGCUCGUCCUGCAGGCCAUGCCGCAGCGCCGCGAGUCCUUCCUCUACCGCUCAGACUCCGACUUCGAAAUGUCGCCCAAGUCUAUGUCGAGGAACAGCUCAAUCGCCAGCGAAAGAUUCAAGGAGGCCGAGGCGGCACAACUGGACAGAGCCCACGGGGAAGACUUGAUCGUGACGCCCUUCGCGCAGGUUCUGGCGAGCCUGCGCAGUGUUCGCAACAAUUUCUUAUGCCUCACCAACGUGCCGGUCGCCAAAUCCCGCAGGUCAUCGGGCGCAGCAUCCGCUGUUACUCCACAACCUAAGAAUCUAAAUCCUGGAGACGAAGCCUACAUGAAGCUAGCCUUAGAAACGGUUGAGGAGCUGGACUGGUGCUUGGACCAGCUGGAGACCAUACAAACACACCGCUCCGUCUCCGAUAUGGCUUCGCUCAAGUUCAAGCGCAUGCUGAACAAGGAGCUCAGCCACUUCUCCGAGUCCAGCAAGUCCGGCAACCAGAUCUCGGAGUACAUCUGCUCUACAUUUUUGGACAAACAACAAGAUAUCGACCUACCAUCUUUACAAGUGGAUGAGGGUGCUGAAGCACGAGCUAAGAAGAAGGACAAACCGCGUCAUGCCGGACCAGCAACCACUAUGUCACAAAUUUCUGGCGUCAAGCGAACAUUGACACACACCAACAGCUUCACUGGAGAACGUGUGCCAAGAUACGGGGUAGACACUCCUCAUGAAGAAGAACUGGGACGUCAGCUUGGAGAAAUCGAUCGAUGGGGCGUAGACAUCUUCCGCAUCGGCGACCUGUCUUGUGGACGACCUCUCACUGCUGUCGCUUACGCCGCGUUCACGUCCAGGGAGCUGCUGGGCACGCUGCAAAUCCCAGCGCGCACUUUCCUCGCCUUCGCCAUCACUCUCGAGGAACAUUACGUGCGUGACAACCCGUUCCACAACUCGCUGCACGCCGCCGACGUCGCGCAGUCUACGCACGUGCUGCUCAAUACGCCCGCACUCGAUGCUGUCUUCACUCCCAUCGAGACGUGCGCAGCUUUGUUUGCUGCGUGUGUGCACGACGUCGACCACCCUGGCCUCACCAACCAGUUUCUCGUCAAUUCAAGCUCAGAACUCGCCCUGAUGUACAACGACGAGUCUGUAUUAGAGAAUCACCAUCUUGCCGUGGCGUUCAAACUUCUGCAGAACGAAGGGUGCGACAUAUUCGUCAACCUUCACAAGAAACAGAGACAGACGCUGCGUAAGAUGGUCAUAGACAUGGUUCUAUCCACGGACAUGUCGAAACACAUGAGUCUAUUAGCAGACCUUAAAACCAUGGUGGAAACAAAGAAGGUAGCUGGAAGUGGCGUGCUACUACUAGACAAUUAUACCGACAGAAUACAAGUGUUGGAGAAUCUCGUACAUUGUGCCGAUCUGAGUAAUCCCACUAAACCGUUACCACUUUACAAGCGAUGGGUAGCGCUACUUAUGGAAGAAUUCUUCCAACAAGGAGACCGCGAGAGGGAGCAAGGAAUGGAUAUCAGUCCAAUGUGUGACAGGCACAACGCGACUAUAGAAAAAUCUCAAGUUGGUUUUAUCGACUACAUUGUCCACCCGCUGUGGGAGACAUGGGCUGACCUAGUACACCCCGACGCCCAAGACAUAUUAGACACUCUAGAGGAGAACCGCGACUAUUAUCAAAGUAUGAUUCCGCCAUCACCGCCGCCAGCGCCCAUUCAGACGCAUUCCCUGCCCGAUGACGACCGCCCCGAACAAAUACGCUUUCAAGUGACGUUAGAGGAGGGUGAGGGUUCAGAGGAGUGCGAAGGGGAGGGUGAUGGCGGGAUGUGACGGAAACUACUGGGAAUCUGCAAGAAACUCUCAGAGAAGAUGCAAGUCUGGUGGAAGCUCUGGCAGUAGCACGGCGCCGGCCGGGCCGGGGCGGGUCUUGUUGAUAAUAGUAAUACUUGUUGACGCUUACCCUCGAAAUGGAACGAUCCCGAUGCAUCGUCACAUUUCGAUCAUGAUUAUUUUUAUGUGAUUAUUACGCAAUGUUGUUUAGAAGAAUACCUAACGACUAAAUAAUUAUGUCCCUCCAAUGACUGUAACGUUCGAUUGUCUAGUAUUUUUACUAUUGUUUCGUUUUGUCUAACCAAAGAUAUAUGAAAUGUUCUUUCGUUCACGGAGACGUUCGAUAAUCCCUGUAAGUAGUUAGUAUUCGGUUCUUAAUGAGUCGUGUAAGUAGUUAUAGUCGUCGGUGCCGCAUAAUAUAUAUCGGCUCGACUAAGUAAGGACAUUGAAAACGCUUAUUAAUUGGUAUGAAAGGGUAAUUUAUAUUGUCAUAUCAUCCACGUUUCUCAUAUUUAAUACGGGUUUGCGAUAAUGAUGUUAUUCACCAAAAUAUAUUACCAUGAUAGAUAUCCUAAAUAUAAAAUCUAUUUUAAGGUAAAUUUUAAAAAUUGCCUUUCGGAGUUGUUGUUGUGUCUUUUCUGAAUAUAUAAUAUUCGGCCAGUUUCUCACUGCGGUAGUAACCAAGGCUCCGACAGCUCCCGGCCGAACCACGUCGAGGUAAUCAAUAUCCACGUGGCCAUUACAAGUUCCAUGAUGAUACCUGUCUGGCGCUGCCCAGGCUCAGUAUACGGUAUCGGUGGAAGAUACAAUUUAUUCUUAGAUCUCUCUUCGUAUUUGGUCGGGGGUCAAAAAGACACUUUACCAAAUUCAUCCUAUUAGAAAGCUUUACUUGAUUUUUGUGAACCUAUGCACCUCAUUACUCAUGGAGGAUCGCUGGCGAUCCGUUUAUUUUUCUCUUUAGAGUAAUGUAUUAUUAUUUUUGUAAAGUUACGUAUUUUAUUGUAGUUGUCUUUUACCCAAAUACAAAACAAAAAAAUUAGUCAUGAAUCUUUAAAGUUUUCGUGUACGCAACUAACGGCUUGAAGUGUUUGAUUAAAAUGUUAAGUACUAACAAAUGAGUGGUUUGCGACUAAGUUUUAUUUUGAGUGAAUUCAAAUAUCUAAGUAUUUGCUGGAUAAGUGGAAAGUAAUCGGUGCGCGGGCCGGGUAUUGCAAUAGUAGUAGGUAGUUCCGAAACACUUCGCACAACUGUUUUCUACUUCACCCAUUUCAUGCCAGGUAUGCUCCUUUCAUCAACUGUGUAAUCAUAUCAAACAUUAUCAGAAUCGCUGUGCAGAUCUGAUUUCGACUAUAUAUAACAAUAUUUGUGUACCUACAUAGAUUUGUCUUGUAAGGAAAGAGCGUAACUGAUAACUUUUUAAAUAUUUAACAACCACUGUGUAAAAGAUGUAAUAUAAAUAAGUAGAUGUCUGAAAAUUGUACAUUGGAUGGAAAAUCUAGAUUUUAUCCAGUUUCAUGUUGUCGUCGGUUGCAAAGUUUUCAUGUUUGUAACAAUGUUAUAUCAAUUAGCAUGCACAUAGCCACUCGAGCAUUCAGCUACAUACUCGUAUAUAAAGUUCGUGUAGGUACAUUUACAAUACUAUAGUAAGGAGGGUGUAAUACUUAAUAAACCUGUAUUAUUUUUGCAUUUCAUCAUUCAUCUUUUUAUGUUUAAUGGACAAGUUAAGAGCUGGUCUCUAUUCCUUCAUGUACUCAAAAGAUAUUUUGUUUUAAACUGAUUAAAUGAUUGUAGUUCCUCACACCUCACUUGUUUUGUAUUUGUAUCAUUAUAAAAUAAUGUCCCCUAGUAUUAUUAUGAAAAGUAUUUUCUAAGUCAUCGUUUCUGUCAUUCAUCAGCAUCAAGAAGGAAGGUCCAAUGUACAUUAUUUUCGUAGAUAAAUUAAGAUUUUAUCGGCGAUUAAAUACUACGAGCAUGUGUGCAUCGCCUAUCUUCGAAGUGUCUGAUUUUAAAACUGCAUAUUUUAGAUAUUUGGUACCUACGUCAACGUAUAUAAACAUACAUACCUACUACAUUAAAAAUUGGAUACGCUUAACUACUUGUGUGUUAUAAAAUAGAAACAUUACGCUUAGAAUCAUUAAUUUUCUAAUUAAAACAUACGUAUUUGUAACUAAUUGUGUUGAAUAUGAUAUUCGUACUGCAGUAGAUCUGUGUAUAACGUACGUACCCAAUCUUUGGUAAUUCACAUAAUGUGAGCAUCUGCAUGUACCUGCCUUGUACCUUUACCGAAUUGUCAUAAUCAUUACUUUUAUAAUAACUGUGUACAAUAAACAGGUUAAAUGAGCAGAUUGUAUAGGUAUCUAGAUAAUGUACUCGUUGUCUUAUGUCUUAUUUCAAUGGUAUUAUCUAUUUGCCUACCUAAUGCAAUAAAAUGGUAUAUUGUAAACCCAUUGUGACAUGUCGGAUGUGUUGAGGCGCUGGUGUUUCGCUCUAAGCUAUUUGAAUAUCUUGUGAUUGUACUACCAAAGAACGUUCGAUUGAAAUGAAAAGCUCCCAGCCGGCUUACUUAACACAUCAGGCAUGUCCAUAUAAUCAAUAGUAAUUGUAGGAUACUUGUUUUCACCAAAGGUUUUCAGUGUUGUGUAUAUGUUUUAUCACUAUGAAGAACUAUCGCUAAGAUUGGAUAAUACCUAGUUAAAUAUUAAUACCGAGUUAAAGUGUGCAAUGCUGGUCAUUUGCAUUACUUAUUAUUUAUGUUUAAAAUAAAAAAAUAGCUUGUAAUAGUUUAAAUGAAUAUUUGAGUUGAAUUAAAGAAUAUUAAUGUAUUUAGAAUAAAAAGAUAUGGGAG